AUGGCACAAUACAGACCAACGAAAGCAACGGGGGUCAUUACACCUUACCUAGUGCAUGGGGUAGCGGAGCAGUAUCUGCGCAUCCCAUGCGCGGUGUUUAUGUGGUGCAUAUUUCUGUGCGGCGCCCUCGCACCAUUUCUGCGCAGCAAGGAUGAGGAGGACGUGACGUCGCGCCGCUGCAUUCUGUGGCAUCUCCUUACAUGGGGUCAUGCGUACCUGUGCACGAACGGGCUGUUUAUUGCGACCGCGUUCCUCGUAGAGAAUGCCCGGUGCCUCGUUGCGCCCGGGCCUAGGCGACUGUCAUUGGCGGAUGACUACAAAGAAGGCAACCCCGCGAAGGUGGACAAAAUGGCCGCCUUCGUGUACGACACCCCACCUGACACGUACGAGCGUGUGAAAAUGUUCUGCUUUAUGGUAACAGGUGUGGCCUUUGUGCGUGUCUUCACUGCCCUGGCAAGCAUAUUUCUAGGCCUCUUCACAGCUAGCGUCGCGGGUUACUUCGACCGCUACGCGCAUCCGUGGUGGUUUGGUUUUUGGUCCCGGGUGACGGCGUUUAUCACCAUUGUGGUCUUCGCGGUGCUCGGCGUGUACAGCGUUCCGCAGUACGGCCAAUUUUCCUCCAGGUCUGAGUGUAAGAUCCUCAUUGCAAAUCACAGCUGCGUCAUGGAGGUGAUUUGGUUGUACGUUAUGGGAGGGUUCCCAUCGUUUGUCUCGCGCAAAGAAAAUCUCUCCUUUUUCUUCUUUGGUAAUGUUGUCCGCGGGAGCUCGAGCAUCUUAGUCGACCGAGAUGUGGCAACAUCGCGUGAGCAGACGAUGAAGUCAAUCAUGCAACGCGCCGGCGACCCGACAGCGCCGCAGCUGAUGAUCUUCCCAGAGGGGACGACGGGCAAUCAGCAAGCUUUGUUAAUGUUCAAGAAGGGCGUGUUCGAGGCUUCCAUGCCCGUGCAGAUGGUCUGCAUUGCCUUUCCUUACAAACAUUUUAACCCUGCUUGGUUGGGGCGCGGUGCCGGUGGCAAUAGUCUGUGCGAUAUUCUACUGCGACUCAGUUGCCAGUUUGUGAACUACGCUGAGGUACGCCUUCUCCCUGUCUAUUAUCCAACCGAGGAGGAGAAGAAGGACCCGAAGCUGUACGCCGGGCACUGCCAGAGGAUGAUAGCAACUGUGCUGCGAGAGAAGAUCAGCGACGCCUCGUUCGGGGACUAUAAGGAGGCAUUCCGCCGCUUCGCAGAGCUCAAGAAGAAUCCGUGA